AUUGCUGAAGUCAGCACGCAACUCAGCCUUCAAACUGAUGCCUACCACGAAGCCCUAUCUCCUUAUACCAGCGAUGUGAGAUUAUCCUCCGGAGUCUAGCAGCACAAUGUCUACCUACGCGCACGACGAAGCCAGCAGAGUGGCCAGUUCGGACACGUUGAGCGCCGACGAACGGACUCUCGUCGACCACCCCGAGACCGGUGACGAGGGCUACGGCGCCGGCAGGCUAUCCUCUGAAGUAUCCGACGGCGACCACGAUAUUUUGGAAUCAGAGGACGAGCGGGAGCGGCUAUUGACGCAGAAGGAGGGCAUCUCGGGUCUAUUCAACAAGGGCGUCAAGAUAGGGAAGCGGGACCGCAAUGCACCCGCCAAAUCUCGAGAGCGUAAGAGAGGCCACAAUGGCGAGACGAGCGCGCUCAUGUACGAAAUGGAAGAAGGGAUCGGCGUGUCGAAUUCGAGCCUGUCGCGGAGAUCGUCAGAGAGCGAUGAGCGGCGGUUACUCGCGACGGCGAGCCAGAGAAAGACACGUCGUAAACGCGUAUGGCGCCGACUCGCCAUCUACUUGAGCAUCGUGGUGCUGUUCCUGAUCCUCCUUUUCGCUGCGUAUCGAGUAUCCAAGCCAGCCUAUGCGAAGGCUGCGACGGUAAUGGUGUCCAAUGGCACCUCGCUUUUUGCGCCUACGACUAUCUUGAUAUCCCUCGAUGGGUUCCGCGCCGACUUCCUAUACCGCGGCUUGACGCCGACCCUCAAUAAGUUCAUAGAAGAAGGCAUAUCGCCCAAGUAUAUGCUGCCCAGCUUCCCGAGCGUCACAUUCCCGAAUCACUACACCAUGGCGACGGGGCUCUAUCCGGAGGCCCACGGUGUGGUAGGGAACACCUUCUGGGACCCAGAUUUACGGAAAGACUUCUACUACACAGAUCCUGAACGCAGCAUGCAGCCAUACUGGUGGGGAGGAGAGCCCCUAUGGGUGACUGCAGAGCGACAGGGCGUCCGAGCUGCAAUACACAUGUGGCCCGGAUCGGAGGUAAAGAUUGAUGAGUUCGAACCCGUGUACGUGGACAAAUACAAUGGGUCCGAACUGCUCCCGCUAAAGGUCGACCGCAUCCUGGGCUUGCUCGACUUACCUGGCGCAAUGGAUCCCGGCGCGAUGGAUGACCAGCCCCGCCCUCAGCUCAUCGCGGCCUACGUUCCGAACGUGGACAGCGACGGGCACGAGUACGGCCCCAACAGCACCGAGAUCCGGCAGACGAUCAAGAACGCCGAUACCAUGGUCGGAAACAUCCUCAAGGGACUCCAGGAACGCAAUCUGACUGACAUCGUCAACGUGGUAGUCGUGUCCGACCAUGGCAUGGCCACAACCGACGUCUCGCGGCUAGUGCAGCUUGAGGACCUGAUCGACCCAGCUGAGCUCGACCACAUCGAUGGUUGGCCACACUUCGGGCUGCGGCCAAAGAAGCUAAGCGACCUUGAGCGCUUGCACAAGCAGGUGCUCGACAGGGCACAGAACAUGUCGAGCCUCGAGAUAUAUCUCAGAGACGUGGACAUGCCGGAGCGAUAUCACUUCUCGCAGAACGAACGCAUUGCUCCGCUGUGGAUCAUACCGAAGGCCGGAUGGGCCAUCGUCGACAAGAGCGAAAUGGACGUCGUGGAAGCGCAGAAGAACGGCGAUGUGUAUCAUCCGCGGGGCAUUCACGGGUAUGACCAUGAGCAUCCACUUAUGCGGGCUAUCUUCGUUGCCAGGGGCCCAGCGUUCCCACAUAAGCCGAACAGUCGCGUCGAACCGUUCCAAAACAUCGAGCUCUACAACGUCAUCUGCGACUCCAUCGGCAUCACGCCCGCGCCCAACAACGGCACCCUGCGUCUCCCACUCAAACCCGUAGGCCUCCACACAGACCCCGAGACGCCUCCCAACGAGACGCCAGCCGAUCCGGUCAACACGCCAGCCGCUACGCCCACGCAAGCGGUAGCUUCCCUGCCCGCUCCACCAGCAACCACAUCGCUCGUGAACGCUGCCUCAUCACUCCCACCCGCUGCUCUUCCAACGCCGACUUCGAGCGCCGCGCCGCCGGCGGAGUCAAAGCCCGCUGGAGAGUCGCUGUGGGAGUGGUUGAAGCACAAGGGGGAGACCGUCGAGGAGUGGGUAGAGGACUUUUUGAAUAAGCAUCAUAAUCCUAUGAAAGAGGACGGUGAGGACACGUGAUAGAUGGAAAGACGAGGAUAGACGGAGUUAUAUUUGGGUAUACGGGUGUUUGGUUUGGUUUGGUUUGGUUGGAAUAGGCGUACGUUAGGUCAGGUUAUGUUAGGGUAGUUUAGAUCCGCAAUGAUACCCCUAGUUUGAGCGCUUCGUGCUUGGGCUUCUCCAGUCAUGUGUUCUACCGACCGGCGGGGUGGAGAGAUGGCUUUUUCUACUUUCCCAAUUGAACAUGUUUGGAGUAGUGAUGCGGAC